CACCUUGCCAUUACCUGGAGUUCCAUCGAUUGAAGAUAUUCAAAUUGCAAUUAUACGUGCCGCAGCGGAAUAUACCAGUGUUGAAAGACAAUAAUAGUCUUGAUACUCUAUCUAUAUUUAUCUCACUUGGCGAUGACAAGAUGAAGUAUUCAGUUCUCGAAUUUCCAAUACAGGCGGAGCCCACCGACCCGUGUGCCAAAUGGCUGGGUAUCAGGCGAAGACGUAUUCCUCGAAAUGCCUUAUCCGAAUUGGGGUUGGCGAAUAUCAGAGCGAUGAUAGAAAGAGCAACGCUUGACAUAGAAGAAGAAGAGGAGGAAGAAGAAGAAGAAGAAGAAGAAGAAGAAGAAGAAGAAGAAGAAGAAGAAGAGGAAGAGGAAGAGGAAGAACCAUAUCUGCCAAAACGCCUAGUCUAUGUCGGUGAUGAGAGCCAUAACCCGCGGCUUGUCAUUUCAAAUGAGCAUAUACAACCGAGUACUCGAUACAUCGCGCUCAGCUACUGCUGGGGCUCAUUGGAAGAGGCUAAAUCACAACUGAAAACAACAACAGACUCUUUAGAAGCACACUUGCGUGAGAUUGACAGCAAUGCCCUUCCCCAAACACUGUGGGAUGCCAUUCUGGUCUGUCGUGCUCUGGGGGUGAACUACAUUUGGAUCGAUGCGCUGUGCAUCAUCCAAGGCGACCUGAAAGACUGGGAGAGGGAAUCGUCUCAGAUUGCUGAAAUCUACUCACACGCAUUCUUGACAGUCUGCGCUGCACAGGGCACAUCGUGUCAGUCUGGGUUUCUGGAGCGAGAUUUGGAUGAGGUGCAGGUUUCGUUCCGCUCAUCAUUGGGUCCGUCCACAACAGGCAGAUUUCUUAUCUCGGAGUAUCAGCCAAAAUAUAAGCAUUAUUUGAGUCCCUAUGACAAUGAGAAAAAGCUUGCUAUUUCUGAUGUCAAUGCUCAUUGGAAUUCUAGGGGAUGGACAUUCCAGGAAGCCGAAUUUGCCUCCCGGCUUCUCCUAUUCGGCGAGAAUAUGGCCUACCUGUGCGUUAAUGGCCUUUGGGUGUGCGAGAACGGGGCUUGCUUCAGGGGGGAUGGGAAUGUGUUACCAUGGGGAGAGAGGCUGUUUAAAAGUAAUAGAAAGCUUCUGAGUCCAGAAGAGACGCAUCAAGACUGGUAUUCACUGGUAGAAAGAUAUUCUGAACGACAUUUGACCUUUCCCAGCGACAAGCUCACAGCUAUAUCAGCCCUUGCACGGCGGUUUGGCAAAAACAUCAAAGGACAGUAUCUAGCGGGCAUGUGGAGUGACAAUCUUCACCAUGGUCUUCUUUGGCGGACCAAGAGCGGUAGGUCAUAUGCUGAAUAUACCGCCCCAUCAUGGAGCUGGGCAAGUCAGGAUGGAGGUGUCUCUGUCGAAUAUUCUAAAAAAGCAGAGUUCCAUCUUUUGGAUGCCAAAACGGUGGUGGGAGAGGAUCCAUAUGGCCAAGUGACAGGAGGCUAUAUUUCUCUAUCCGCCAGAGUCAUCAAGUUCCCAUCACAUUAUUUCGAAAUCCACAAGUUUGAUGGCAGAUCAAUAAAAAACCCAAGCAGAGUUUGACCGGAUAUUGGGAGGAGAUCCUAAACUUACUCGUAUGUCAAUGGUUUUGAUCUCCAGUUAUGUCAUGGGGCGGAUGGAAAUCAUGCGAGGCCUUUUUCUGCUUCUAACCGACAACAAUCCAAACGAAUAUAUCAGGAUAGGCACUUUUAGUUCAAUAUAUUGCGAGGAAAUAGGAAGAUCAUUCUGGGAUGAUAUCCCGAUGACAACCAUUAACCUGGUUUAGAAAUGGUUUUUAACAUGUGUAUAGAGCACAUUACAACAGUUCUCAUCACAA